GCCGCAGCCCGCGCCGCUGGGCCGGAGCGCUGGCCGGAGCCCCGCCGCGCUGCCAUGGCGCCGAGGCGGCGCCGGGGCCUGGCUGCAGCGGGCUCCCUGCUGCCGCUGCUCUGCGCGCUGCUCCGCGCCGCCGCCGACACCAGCACUGGCCGGGGUUGGUUAAAAACUUAUGGCUACUUACUUCCAUCUGACAGCCAGAUGUCUGCCUUGCAGUCAGGAAAAGCUGUGCAGUCCGCAGUUGCCACUAUGCAACAAUUUUAUGGGAUCCCAGUAACAGGAGUUUUGGACCAGACAACUAUUGAGUGGAUGAAGAAGCCUCGAUGUGGAGUUCCAGAUCAUCCCCACCUACGCCAUAGCCGGAGGAAAAAGCGGUAUGCACUAACUGGACAAAAGUGGAGGCAGAAGCAUAUAACCUACAGUGUGCACAACUAUACCCCAAG